AUGUCAUCCACAGCGACAGACUCAGCAUUGGCUACCACAGAGCUUCUUGGCCACAUUUUCUAUCAUUGUUCCGUUUCACAGAAUUAUCGCAAUGCCCUUGUUUGCAAGACGUGGUGCGACGAAGCGCUGAGCGAUGUUUGGUGUGAACUCAAGUCGUUGCUGCCGCUGCUGAGCCUGCUGGCUCCCUUGGCCUUGUGUGCGGAAGAAGGAAUGCCCCCUCUCUAUAGAUUUCGCCACCACAUUCGCCCUCACGAUUGGGCUGUCUUUCGAAAAUAUUCGUGGAGAGUGCGCGCAAUCGAUGAUACGAUGACGGCGGAUUACUGCGAAUCCGUUUUUAUCGAUAUCGUGGCAAGCAGUCCUCCCCUGAGUAGCGAACUUCUUCCCAAUUUACGACGAUGGAAGUACGAUCGUUGGGGAGCACUUGUGAAGUUCAUCCCGCUUUUCAUCCACAGCACUCUCACUACUUUCCACCUCUGUUUCAUGAACCAAGACGCCGGAGGGUUACCUCUUCCAGUCUAUAGGAGAACCCUGUUGUACGUCUCCGACAAGGCUCCGAACUUGGAACGCCUUUCCCUUACUUCCUGGAGUCCACUAGACACCAACACAGAGUUCGCAAUUCAUUCGCUGCUGUCUUCCCUUACGCGACUCCAGAUCCUCUUAGUCUCCCCUACGUUACUCUCCGCAUUGACUCUCAACGCCAUCGCGCGUCUCCCUCAUUUGAAGUCGUUAACAGUGUCUUCGGAAACUACGUACAAGAAACUUGCCGUGCCGAUGGCGGCACCAACCGAAUCCUUCCCUUCGUUGAAGACGCUCUCAAGCUACGACAUGUUCAGUUUCGGGACUGUCACGGAUGUGCUCAAUGCAUAUAGGCCCCGUAGCCUGAGCGAUCUCGAUAUCACUUCUCGCCAUAAGGAGAAUAUCUCUGCGUAUAGCCUCUUAGUCGCAGCCGUCACUUCUGUUUCCCCUAAUAUUCGGUCGAUCAGGCUGCGUAGCAAGGAACAGUGGGACAUCAACGACCCCGAGUUAGAUCAUUCGUCAGCAAUGCUCUUUCUCUCCAUAGACUACCACUGUUUCAACCUCACGUCGCUAUCGCUACAAAAUCCUCCUCCUCUCCACCUCGGCAUCGAAAUUAUGACCGACCUUCUCAAGAGUCUCCCUUACUUGAAAACCCUCCAAUUCAAUGAAUCGACUGGACCACCAACCCUCCGUCUAUCUGCCCUCCCGAUACUAGCCCCGUUAUGUCCUCUUAUGAAGACCUUGACCUUAUAUAUGGACACGAAGGGGGUUUCCUGCUCGGGUCCCCAGGGCGCGCACUUUGUGCGCCUGGAGACUUUGAACGUCGGGAUGUCACCUCUGGACUCACCCGCUCAUGACGUUGCUGUGUUUCUGAGCACGGUUCUCCCGAAAGCGUGCACCCUCACUCGUGCUAGCUACGCAUACCCUGAGGAACAAUAUCAAUCAUGGCAGCAGGUAAUUGACAUCCUCCCUAUGUUGUGA